UUAGAUUCUUGCAAGUUGCAUUAUAUAUAAUCAUUCCCGUUAAGAUACAGGUCCAUGCCUAAAAAGUCUAUCCCCUUGACCCUCUUUGCAUAACUUAUCAGAAAAGAAGCAUCAUGCAUUUAAUUUGUGAUCAAGUGGUGUGUGUUACUGGCGCCGGCGGAUUUAUCGCUUCAUGGGUGGUCAAGUCACUCUUGGAAAAAGGUUACACUGUUAGAGGAACUGUUAGAAAUCCAGAUGAUCCCAAGAAUGAUCAUCUGUGGGAGCUUCAAGGAGCCAAGGAGAGAUUGACAUUAUACAAAGCUGAGCUGCUUGAUUACAAUAGUUUGUUUGAAGCCAUUAAUGGAUGCGAUGGUGUUUUUCACAUUGCAUCACCGGUCUCUGAGGAAGAGAGUAUGGUGGAAACGGCAGUCAUUGGAAGCAAGAACGUGAUAGUUGCUGCUGCAGAAGCCAAGGUGAAGCGGGUCGUUUUAACUUCAUCAAUAGGAGCCGUAUACAUGGACCCUAACAGAAGCCCCAACGAGCUCAUCGAUGAAACAUUUUGGAGCGAUCUUGAGUUCUGCAAGAGCACUGAGAGCUGGUAUUUCUAUGGAAAAGUUUUGGCAGAACGAUUGGCAUGGAAAGAGUCGAAACUGAGAGGGCUGGACAUAGUGACAAUCAGCCCUGUGUUGGUCAUUGGCCCUUUAUUGCAACCAACUCUUAAUGCAAGCACGGCUCAUAUCCUUGAAUACCUGACUGGAGCUGUCAAGACCUAUAGCAACUCAAAUCUGGCUUUUGUCGAUGUCAGAGAUGUCGCAUCUGCACAUGUUUUUCUUUUUGAGACUCCAUCUGCAAAAGGGCGAUACAUUUGUUACGAGAGCUCCCUUCAUCUUGGCGAGAUGGCUGAAAUUUUGGCUAAAUAUUUCCCUGAAUAUGCGGUUCCUACCAAAUGUUCUGGUGAAGUUAAGCCGAGAGCAAAGCCACUAUCAUUUUCAAACCAAAAGCUAAAGGGCAUGGGACUUGAUUUCAUACCCGUGAAGCAAUGCCUAUAUGAAACUGUCAAGAGUCUGCAGGGGAAGGGACACCUUCCUGUUUUUAACCACCAAAAUGAUAUCUGAUGUAGCCAAGCCAUCUAUUGAAAAAGCUCACCAAAAUCAUUCUUUAUGGCCACCUAUAUAUCAUCCAUUACGUUGAACUUGCAUAUAUUCAAUGUAAAUUCUAGGAGUACAUAUAUGCUUUAUUAUCAUAGAUAUCUCCGACAGAUUGUUUUUUGAAUAUGAUUAAUAUGCGUUGC